UCUUCUCCAAACACCAGCGCUUGAACCAGAGUUCCUACGGCCAGGUUGGGGUUUUCGUUUUUCAAUCUCAAAGUUGGAUCUGCGUCCAGGACAUUUGAAAGAAUGCCAAAGAUAAAAACAAACCGUGUCAAAUACCCAAACGGGUGGGAGCUGAUUGAACCUACUCUCCGUGAGCUAGAAGCAAAGAUGAGAGAAGCUGAAAAUGACCCACAUGAUGGUAAGAGAAAAUGUGAGGCAUUGUGGCCUAUUUUCAAGAUAGCACAUCAGAAGAGUCGCUACAUUUAUGACCUCUACUACCGAAGGAAGGAAAUAUCGAAGGAACUGUAUGAGUUUUGCUUGGAGCAAGGUUAUGCAGACCGCAAUCUAAUUGCAAAGUGGAAAAAGUCAGGGUAUGAACGCCUUUGUUGUCUACGAUGCAUACAGCCACGGGAUCACAACUUCAACACAACAUGUGUUUGCAGGGUCCCCAAGCACCUGAGGGAAGAAAAAGUGAUUGAGUGUGUGCACUGUGGUUGCAGGGGCUGUGCCAGUGGAGAUUGAUUAAUUUCUCUUUAUCCCAAAAUGUGUAUGUAAACUUGGAUAAGUUAAGUUUGAUUAUGGGCACCAUAUGUUGUGAAACGAUCCUUCUAAAGUGCUUCUGAUGUUGAGGUCUCUUCUCCUUUGGAACUGAUGUAACCAUGUUUUUAUAAGCCCUAUCCUCAGGAUGUAUGGUUCUUAUACAAUCAACUCAAUUAUGGAUGAAGUUGAGUAUUAGAAUUUGUCUUAGGGCCUGUUCGUUUGCCCUGAAGUCUGACAUUUGAAAGUACAAUAAUUACAUAAAGAGAUAUAUUAGUAUUGGUGAGCUUUUCUUUCUUCUGAA